CUUUAUCAUACACUUCGAAGUCUCCUUGUUAAACUGAGUGUUUUAAAUUAUUUGAGAAAUAAUAUAAUUGUAGUGUAUUUACAAUUAAAAACAUUUUGAAAAUAUUUCCACAGAGAUUUCAGUGAAUAUUCUGUGUUUUGAAAUACUAGUGAUUCAAGAACACAUUUCUAGCUGACAUGGACUAUUAAAAAGUGCAAAAAUUUAUAGUCAUGGACAACUUGGAUGACUCCGAGAACAAUGCUAAGAUAUCCGACUCCGCAUAUUCCAACAGCUGCAGCAACAGUCAAUCGAGGAGAAGCCACAGCUCCAAAUCUACACAUUCUGGAAGCAAUUCAAGUGGAAGCAGUGGGUAUGGCGGUAAGCCAUCGACUUCCGGCUACAGCAAUAACUUAAGUCAGCCACCGGAAAAAUGGAUUAAAGAAAAGGAAUCAAAAAAGAAAAAGCCUGUACAGGUAGAAUUGAAACCAUCUGAAGAGAAAAUAGAAGAAUGUCCACAGGAGCUCGCACCUGUAUGUGAGGCGCCUAAAGAAGAAACUAAAGAUGUUAACCGCACCCCGACUCCAUCUUUGGUGCAAACCGAAAAGGGUCCGGAGAACAUGGAAAUAACAACGUUAAAAAGAAACGAUGAAAAAGAUGAGUCUGUUUCGUCUAACGCGCCUAUGGUGACUUCGCUCAAUUUAGUCACGGGACGCUCAAAUUCUCCUUCCUGUCCUGAAAGCUUCUCCUGUGUCAUAUCAAUGCAAGAUGGUGUGGUCAUGUUCACAACGUCCUCCAUAGUUACUGCUCUCGGCUUUCCAAAGGACAUGUGGAUUGGCAGAUCAUUUAUAGAUUUCGUUCAUCCAAGGGAUCGGAACACCUUUGCAUCGCAGAUCACUAGUGGUCUGGCUGUGCCUAAAAAUGUUAAUGGUACGCAAGAAAAAGCUCCUGUUCCAGGAAAUCAUGUUUCGACGAUGGUAUGUCGCAUACGGCGUUACAGAGGUCUCAAUCUGGGUUUCGGCAUUAAAGAGAAAACCGUUUCAUUUAUGCCGUUCCUAUUAAAGUUCUUCUUCAAAAACAUUAACGAUGAAGAUGGCCAGGUUAUAUACUUGGUUAUACAGGCGACACCAUUUUUUUCCGCUUUUAAAACUUCGGCAGAGAUAAUACAUAAUGCAAUACCAUUUGUGAUAAGGCACUCGGCUACGGGAAGUUUAGAGUACAUAGACCAUGAAUCGGUGCCUUACCUUGGCUACUUGCCACAGGAUAUUGUUGAGAAGGACGCCUUGCAGUUGUACCAUCCAGGCGAUCUUGGAUACCUGAGGCAGAUUUACGAGACGAUUGUAAAGGAAGGCGGAGUUCAACGGUCCAAACCUUACAGAAUGAUGGCUCAGAACGGGGAUUAUCUGAAAUUAGAGACGGAAUGGUCUUCAUUCAUAAAUCCUUGGUCAAAGAAACUAGAAUUUGUUAUUGGUAAACACUACAUCGUGGAGGGUCCAUCGAAUCCAGACGUUUUCCAAAUGCCUGACCCUGAAAAAUCUCUUAAAUUUACCGAUGAUGAGAAGGCUAAAGCUGCUGCACUAAGGGAAAAAAUUACUAGAGUUAUGACCGAGGUCCUUACAAAACCAGCUGAAAUAGCUAAACAGCAGAUGAGUAAAAGAUGCCAGGAUCUCGCUUCCUUCAUGGAGAGUCUGAUGGAGGAGACACCCAAGAUAGAAGAAGAACUACGUCUUGAAAUACAGGAUCAAGAUCAUAGUUAUUAUGAACGUGAUUCUGUAAUGCUCGGCGGUAUCUCGCCACACCACGACCACAGCGACAGCAAGUCAGGCACCGACACACCAGUCAGCUACAACCAACUUAAUUACAACGAAACUCUUCAAAGAUAUUUUGACAGUCAUGAACCAUACAGCUUCGAAGAUUAUUAUUUAAUGGAUAGCGAAAAUAAGAUCCAAAUGAAAGAAAAUGAAGAAGGUUCUGUGAGCAAAUGUAUAUCUCCGAUGGCACAAGCUUCGACGGAGUGUGAUCGGACCAGUUCCUCCGAAUGCAGUGGUCUUGGUAUAGGGAACUCUUGUCCUUGUGACUACCAGCCAAUGCGAUUGACAGAGUCAUUGCUUAACAAGCACAACGCAGAAAUGGAAAGAGAACUAAUAAAAAUGUAUCGUGAAAACCGUUCAAGUAAAGGAGAUAGAGAGAAAGCCUCCAACGAAACGAGACAAAAGAAGAAACAACAUUUAGCAAGAUGUAAUGCGGCUUUUCAACCGACAUCGUUGGGACUGCCCGAUUCUCAGAAAUUGCCAAUACAGCCCCAUGGAGUGAAGCGUCCCUCAAAACAGGCGGAAGAAGCCAGCGCCCACAAACACAGAUGCUCGUCGCCACGUCCGAUCCGACAUUCAGCGGUAUCAAACAACCAGCCAGUAGCCAUCAACUCAGUCGUGACUAAUAUGUGGCCUACCACUGCAGCUAACACCAUGAACACGUGUCACCUCCAAGGAUUGGGGAUGCCACCACAGGUUUCAUUCAUGACACCAAUGGCUAUGCCGGGUCAAUAUCCGAUGUGCUAUAUUCCAGUGCCCGUACAACCUAUACAGCCGCAGUCAGAUUCAUAUCAAAAUACAAAUUCAAAUAACAAUUAUCCUUAUCAACCUCAACCGAUGCCAUACAUGAUGUAUGGCCAUGCUAUGUACGGAUCUCCGUUUAUGUAUCCGUCUGUGGAUCCGAGGACGUACGUGCCUCAAACCACGUCCGGUCAUAACAUACCACCUUUCGGACUGUCCAGUAGUAACUACCAAGAAGCUUGUAAACUAACUGUGCCAUUGAAGACAUCUAAAGCGUGUCGCAUCACAAGGGAGAAUCACAAUCAAGCACUAAGAAGAGACGGCGUCAAUUAUUCAGCUGGCACAUCGAAUCGGAAUACCGAAGUGAAUAACGAUAAGGACAUUCGUAAGCCUCGUGCCACAAACAGUAAUCGCACAGUUGAGAAAACUGACGAAGAAUCAAGUUUCUCAUCGUUUUAUUCAUCUUUCUUUAAAACUGAAUCUGGUAGUGCUGAAGAUAGCGAUGCCAAAAAGAGUUGGCACAAAAACCAUAAGGGCGAUGAUCUUAUGUCAUUGCAAAGUUCUACAGAGGCUGUCACGUAUGCACCAAACAAGAGCCAGGCACAACAGAAAAAGGUUGAUCCGUCGUGGGUUGAAGAAGUUUGCGUAACAUCAGAAUUAAUUUACAAAUAUCAGAUUCGGACGAAGAGUUUAGAGGAAGUACUUUCGGAAGAUAAAAAGAAAUUGGAAACUUUGGAACAGCCUCUACUCGUGAGUCAACAGCUGGGUCAAUUGUACUUGGAUCUGCAACUUCAAGGAGUUGCUGCCAGAUUGACUUUAGAAGAAGGAAUCACCAGUUCUAGCAGUUCGGGUGAAGAGAAUUCAUCGAUGUCAUCUAAGAAGAUACGUCGUAGGAAACGGGAAUACAGCAAAUUAGUGAUGAUAUACGAAGAGGACGCUCCACUACCACCUCCAGAUAACGUUGCCGGUACAUCAGAUUCUUAGUAUUACGAUUAUAGGCGAGAGCAUGCCAGGAAUGUGUUCUCGCCUGUAAUAAAUAUACAAAUACCUAGUGCACAACAUUCAUUCACAGUUAACAAAUUAAAACAGUUGUAACAAAACGGGCGAUACAAAUUUCGCAUCGAAUAUAUAUUUGAUCAAAAUUGUUAAUAUAAUUUUAAUUAUCUAUAAUUUCUAAUUACUUCUUAAUUUGUCUCCAUUUUAUAUAAUACGUAGUAAUACAUUUGGUGGUUUGAACAUGUGUAAUGUGAUAUUGAACUAUUUAGUUCGUUAAAUUUAUAAGAUGCUUCUUAUUUAAUUUAAUAAUGAGAACUCUGAACUAUUUUUAUAAAUCAAAGAAGAUGCAGAUUCCAUUAUAAUAAGAUAUAAAACACGAUUUACCAUUUUAUUUAACUCCCCUGUUACUAUGUUUUAAAAUACAUACUUUUGUUAAUUUUACUAAGUUAAUGUACGUUUUAAUAGUCACUAUUGUUGUGUUUCAGUGUUUUUCAUGUGUUAAUUUUUUUGUUUAUAAAGCUGUGCUGUCAGAUAAUUUAAUAAAGUUCAUUUACGCUUAGAAUAUUAUAUGUAGAUACGAUGUUAGUUAAAUAAUAGAUAUUGUCAUCGAUUGCCUUGUCAUUAUAAUGUACUGAGCUCAAAAGUAUAUAUUUGCUUGUUUUAAAAUCAGUCCAUAUUAAGAUAUUAUCUUAAAUAAAUUAAUAAAUAAAUAAUUUAAUGUGUUAAUAUUAUAUGUUUGAAAACAUUAUUGAGAAAGAUCUACUGUAUUUGUUGGACCAAUGAGAUAAAUAUAUUAUUAUAUAAAUAUUUUACAUACAUAUAUACACAGAUACAAUAUUUUAAAAUCAAAAUAAAUCAUUUACUCAUUAAUCAUGUAUAUGUGAUUUUUUUUUUUGAUAUGCGAAUUUUAAUAGAAUGUGGUUCAAAAUAGUGUAUAUUUUAUAGAUGUUAUUGUAAUUUGUAAUGACGAAUCGUCUUACAAAAAUUUUAUGCGAUUUGAUUAGUUACAAAAUGUACUAGAUAUUUAGGAAAAACAAAAAUAUAUUUAAUUUCUUUAAAAA